AUGACGAUAACAAAGCCAAGCCAGGGGUAUUCCCUAUAUGGCCUUAUCAAGGAGAUCUUCAAUUGGUACCCUUCUAGUUACCCUGCAGCAGAGAGAAAGCUUUUAUUCAAACUCGACUUGUCGAUCCUAAUAUUUGCUUGUCUAUGCUACCAAACAAACAUCAGCAAUGCCUACGUCAGUGGCCUCAAGGAGGAAUUUGGAUUAUACGGCAACGAACUUAAUUAUUUCAAUGUGUGCUACUACGUGGCUUAUAUGAUUUUCCAAAUCCUUGGCAUGCUACUUAUGUCAGCCCGCUGGUUGCUACCAACUCUCGAAGUGCUCUGGGGUAUCUGUACCUUCGCACAGAGUCGAGUUACGAAUGUUCACCAGCUAUAUGCGUGCCGAUUCCUAGUAGGCAUGUUAGAGGCUCCAGUAUUCGCCGGUACACACUUCAUCUUAGGAUCGUGGUACAGUGGCCCUGAAUUAUUUAAGCGAGCCGGAACUUGGUUCAUAUGCAACCCCCUGGGCACCAUGGUAAGCGGAUAUCUGCAAGCAGCAGCGUAUACCAAUCUCUCUGGUGUGGGCGGGAUGCCCGGAUGGAGGUGGCUGUUCAUCAUCGAUGGUAUAUUUACACUUCCAAUUGCGGUAGCUGGAUUCCUGGUCUUCCCGGGAAUUCCGGAUUCGCCAAAGCCAUUUUAUUUCACCAACGAGGACAUCGCUCUCGCAAAGGCGAGGUUAGAACGGGCUAAGAUCCGCAAGCCGGGCAAGCUAGGGCUUGACGUGUUUAAACGUACACUUGGGCGCUGGCAUAUUUGGGUUUUUGUGUUUUGUUAUAUUUGCAUGAUCAUCUCCGGCUAUCCAGAAUCAUAUAUGAAUCUCUGGCUGAAAGAACAAGGCUUUUCUGUUAUUCAGAUUAAUCAACUACCUACGGUUACGUACGCCAUCAACAUCGUCGCUUCUUGGCUGGGUACUACCUUGGCUGCUAUUUAUCCUUCGUGGACCGUUUACAGCAGCGCAAUAAUAUGUAUCGUGUUCUCGUCAAUCUGUAUGAUUAUUUGGGAUAUUCCGAAACCUCUGAAAUUUGUCGCGUGGUACUUUUUCGGUGUAUCAGGGUGUCUAAGUCCGGUCCUAUACUCGACGGUCAAUACGGUUGUGAAGGGUGACUCGGAAGAGAGAGCUCUUAUUUUGGGUGCAAUGAUGACUUUCGGUUAUUCAUUCAACAUCUGGGUGCCCCUUUUGCUCUUCCCAACCGCCGGACCUAACGGUGCUCCAAGAUGGCGUAUUGGAUGGCCUGUCGCGUUAACUUUCCACGUGCUACUAUGGGCUGGGUUUAUCGUUGCAAUCUUAUUGUAUCGCAGAGAGUGA